GUUCGCUUGUGUUCCAGCGCAGUGGAGAUUGCGAAGAGUCGCAAUCUUGCUUCAGAGAAAGUCAAGGCACUCGGGCACCCUGGCCUGUCCGACACCUUUUGGACAUUUGCAAAGACUGUCCAGCUGCUCAAGGUCGAAAAAGUCCAGGAUGGUGAGGAACAGAACUUGAGGUACAACAACACCGUGUACAACAAGGCCUUACACCAGGCUGCCACAGCAGCUGUUGCAGUGCUGCGGGGUCCAUCCGGUCCCGUGGAGAAGGCUGCCCGGAGAUUGGCGCUGGAAUUUGGGCGGGGCAUCUUGAGCAGUCAGUACUCGAAGUUGAGCAAGCUGUUAUCGCUGACCAACAAGCUCGCAUCUGCUACCAGAAACUCUGUAGACCUGACGGCCUGGAUGAUCGACUCCUUGACGCUGGCCCUGCGCAUGAACAUGGUCACGCCAGCGAAAUGCACCGAGAAGUUUCUGGAUCGAGACCGGAAGACAGGCGAUGCUGGCUUUUGGUUGUCGCGCAUGCUGGUGGUGCAGGUCUUCGAUUAUGCAGCAAAGCUGGCGAACAAGUUGCCUGAGCCGGACAAGGUUAAGCUGACAGGGAUUUUGGCUGAACUCCGUUGCCCUUUCACAUGUUGGGAGAAAUAUCUCUGCCAUGCUGAUGCUGAUCAAGGGGCUGCUGGAGAGGACGACAUGGACGGCGAGGACCCAGAGGACGUGGAGCGCCCUGUUCCGCAGUCCAAGAUUGGAGCUGUUAAAGAGGGUUUCAACAAGGCCAUUGGCAUGCUUUUGGAUUUGCUGCUGGAGCUGAUGUCGGGGAAGUACUACAAGGAUUGCUGCAUGCUGGCUUCGAGUGAAGAUGGCCUUGCAAAGGCAUUGACAGCUGCACAGCUUGGAAGCUCGGAUGACACGGAGCACGAGGAGCCAUGUGCGCUUAUCACUCAGAUGAAGAUCAUUGUCGACAAGUUCGACAACAGCACGAAGUCCGUUGGUGCCACAUCUGCGGCUCCUGCUCCGAGUUUGCUCCAAAGCCUGGCCAAGGCUUCUGAAGCUGACACACCCGAGGAAUGUGUCGAGCGUGAGCGGCAGUGGAAGGCGGUGCAAACGGAACGCCGCAAGUUCGUGUCGUUCUCGGUACCGAACAAGAUCUCGAAGGACUGCCUAGUCAAUGCGUUCAGAUGUUGCGGCAAGGUCUUCACGCACAAGGGCACCUUAAACUCUUCGCACCGCCUGAUCGUUGCCAGUGCGGAUCUCUUGGCAGAGGCUGGUACCGACCCGUGGGUCAAGGGCACUCCGCCAAGCGAGGAAUGGAAAGAGAUCUGUGCCUUUGCCAAAGACAUUUCUGGGCCCGAGGAUUUCGUCGUACGCUUCGACGGCAGAAUGCGGGAAAUUCGCCGCGUGUCCGAAGACCUCCUGCUGAACCAGCAGCACACCGAGGAGUGCACCAUCGUGUACUCAGGUGGGUGCCCGCCGAGAACUGGUCGCACUCGCCGCGUUCCGCUGGCUGCAAAGAAGGUGGAGACAGGAGCGGUUAAGUUCCCGGUCGCACGCACCAAGAUUCAGACGACGAAGAAAGGCUCCUUCACAGUCUGCGGCGAGGCUUCUACGUACCAAGGCACUUACUCAGGCGUGGAGUACCGUGCGGUUUCUGAAAUGCCCCUCGUGUCUGCAGACACCAAGAAGAAGAUCAUUGCUCCGGCAACAACCGGCGACCUCCCGACACCGCCAGAGGACUGGCAGGAUCGCCACGGCUCCGACGUACCCUUGUUCUGGAACGAGUCGAAGCCGAUAGCAAAAUGGAAUGCCAUCAUUGAGGAGUUUUGCGCGGAGGCAGUGUUUGACCUCACGGCUGGCACCGGUGCUCUGAUGGAGGCUUCUUUGACUGCCGGCAUCGCAUACCACGGGCUUUGCAGCCUCAACAAGGAGCACAUGUCGUGGGUCCAGGCGGUUGCUGAUCGCGCAGCUUGCGGAAUGAUUGCUUUGGAGGGAUCCACUCUUUACUCGGACGAGAAUGCCAAGGCGGUGAAGAAGCAUUUCCCGCACGUUCUGGAGAGCUUGUCCAACCAAGACGACCAGGACGAGGCCUACCAGACGCCUCUGGGGCAAAACCAGUCUCAAGACGGCUUCUCGUCGGUGGCCCCGGGGAGCUUGCGGAAGCAGGCUGUGAAAGACGGCUUGGUCCCCAAGGCUCGAAGGGCCUUCGUCAUCUGGUUCCAGGAAAACUCCGAAGUCAAGAAAGGCGCUCCCAAGCCCGAGUUUCUCAAUGAGAUGAAGCAUCUUGGCGCAGUCUGGCAGGGCAUGACCGACAAGCAGAAGGCACCAUUCAUGGCGAGGAGCAAAGAUGAGUUCAUUGCUCAGCGAAGUGCACUGGCCGUUCUUGGCAUCAGGAUGCGGGGCUCCACGACCAGUGCGGGCGGCCCCGACGAGGCGAAGGACCCCCCUGCCGCUGACGAAUCUGGCGGUCGCGUUGGCCCAUUUGAGCUUAAUGGUGCAAGGGCUCCAAUUGGAGGCGGAGCCUAUGGCAGUGUCUACAGUUGCCAGCAUCCGCAAAGCGGCCUUAACGUGGCGGUGAAGGUUUAUCGUGGCUCCGAUGGCCCCGCGGAUUGCAGGCACGAAGUGGAGCAGAUGAAGCUUCUAACGAAGGCCGUUCCGCAGCAGAAGACGAUGUGGUUCCCGCUUCUUGUCAGCUCGGGUGUCACGGGCAGACCUUGGCCAUGGAUGGCUACUAGCCUAUGUGGGCCCAGCCUGGCAACCGCACUUCGAAAUCCUGCGGCGCAUGGCAAGCCGAGGACGUGGUCUGUGGCAGCUCAGCUGAGAAGUGCACUGCAGACCUUGCAUGACGCAGGCAUCCUACACUUGGAUGUGAAACCUGGCAAUGUUCUUUGGUGCCCUUGCACAGAUCAGGUGCAGGUGUGCGACUUCGGCAUGAGUGAGAACAUGGCACGGCUCCAGAAGGCUUCUCAUGCUCCCAGGUUCCUGCAGUAUGUCACGGCUGCCUAUCGACCUCCGGAGCUGUGGCCCGCUCGUGUGAAUGGCGAUGGAGGCUGCGGUGUCAGAAAGCAGCUGCUGACUGCAGCUGUGGAUAUGUGGGCCUAUGCUUGCGUGGUGUUUGAGGUGGAGACCGGGAAUCCCUUCAUGCCCAGGGGGGAGGCCGGACUGAGAGCGUGGUGCAAGCAGUGGCCCGAGCUGUGGAAAACACGCAGCGACUUAGCCAAUUGCCCCGCUGCAAGUCACACGUGCUGCACAAAGGUGCUUCGAGCCGGUAAAUGGGGGCUGUUUGUGUUGGUCUGCUGUGCUCCAGACCCCGGAAAGCGGCGGUGGCCGGAGCUCUGUCUGAAUCAGAAAUGA